AUGACAACAGAGAAGGGUUUGGCUGGGGAAAUGAAGACCGCGAUGGAGGGAGAUGCCAGGAGAACCAAUCAGGUUCCAGAGGACCAUGGGGAUAUGGAUGAUAGCUCAGAAAAGACCCCCAGCAAAGCCUCCAAAUCCCCACAGAAAAGCAACAAGCGGCCCAAGACCGUCCCCGUCAAAGUCAAUCUGCUCGAUGGCUCCGACUACGACACUGCAGUCGAGAAAUUUGCCAAGGGCCAGACCCUGCUGGACAUGGUGUGUGGCCAUCUGAACCUGCUGGAGAGGGACUACUUUGGCCUGACUUUCCAGGACACGGAUAAUGCCAAGAACUGGUUGGAUCCCUCCAAAGAGAUUAAGAAGCAAAUUCGUGUUGGCUCCUGGAAUUUGGGCUUUUCUGUCAAGUUCUACCCUCCAGAUCCAUCUGUGCUCAUUGAAGACAUCACCAGGUACUACUUGUGCCUGCAGCUGAGGGACGACAUCCUGUCCGGUCGCCUCCCGUGCUCGUUUGUCACCCACGCCCUGCUGGGCUCCUACACUGUCCAGGCUGAACUGGGAGACUAUGAGCCUGAAGAACACGGUCCAGACUACGUCAGUGAUUUCCACUUUGCCCCCAACCAGACACGUGAGCUGGAGGAGAGAGUGAUGGAGCUGCACCGUAAUUAUAGGGGGAUGAGUCCGGCAGAAGCAGAGGUAAACUUUUUAGAAAAUGCCAAGAAGCUCUCGAUGUAUGGCGUGGACCUGCAUCACGCUAAGGAUUCAGAGGGAAUCGACAUAAUGCUUGGUGUAAGUGCCAACGGUCUGCUCAUCUACCGAGACCGUCUCAGGAUCAAUCGGUUCGCCUGGCCAAAAAUCCUCAAGAUUUCCUAUAAAAGAAGCAACUUCUACAUCAAGAUCCGCCCUGGAGAGUAUGAACAGUUUGAGAGCACCAUAGGCUUCAAGCUGCCCAACCACAGGGCCUCGAAGCGAUUGUGGAAGGUCUGCAUUGAGCACCACACCUUCUUCAG